GUGACCUCUCUCCGUUUAGGUGCGCGGCUGGACGGCGGAGACGCACACAUCAACCAUGGGCUGGUUCGGAGCGGCUUUCAGCGCCUUUCUACUCGCUGCAUUCACCAACAAAGGGACCCCCACUCCCACAGGGACCCCCGGGGAGGACUGGGGCUACGUGGAGGUGCGGGAGGGGGCGCACAUGUUCUGGUGGCUCUACUACGCUGACGGCGCGGCCGCCCGGCUCCAGGACCGGCCGCUGGUCAUGUGGCUGCAGGGUGGACCAGGAGGAUCAGGAAGUGGUUUUGGCAACUUUGAGGAAAUUGGACCCCUGGACAGAGAUCUCCAGCCCAGGAAGUCCAGCUGGGUGCAGACGGCCAGCGUCCUGUUCGUGGACAACCCCGUGGGCACCGGCUUCAGCUACGCCCAGCAGUCGGACGGCUUUGCCACCAACGUGUCCACGGUGGCCUCAGACAUGCUGGUGCUGCUCAAACACUUCUUCAUGGACAAGACCGAGUUCCAGAGCGUCCCUUUCUACAUCUUCUCUGAGUCUUACGGAGGGAAGAUGGCUGCUGCCAUCUCGCUGGAGCUCACCAAGGCUGUGGCUCAAGGAUCAGUGAAAUGCAAUUUUGCUGGCGUUGCACUCGGGGACUCGUGGAUCUCCCCUCUGGACUCUGUGAUGACGUGGGGGCCGUACCUCUACACCACCUCGCUGCUGGACGACUACGGCCUGGCUGACGUCAACAACGCCGCCGAGGCGGUGAAGCAGGCCGUGGAGCAGGAGCAGUUCCUGAAGGCCACGGAGCUGUGGUCGGUGGCCGAGUCAACCGUGGAGCAGAACACCAACGGAGUCAACUUCUACAACAUCCUGACCCAGGAGCCGGACGAGGAGCUGGCGCUGUCGCCUGGGAAGGACUUCCUCUCUCUGCUGGCUCGCCGCCACAUCGGCCCUCUCCACCGGCAGUCGCUGAGCCAGCUGAUGAACGGGCCAAUCAGGAAGAAGCUGGGCAUCAUCCCGCAGAACGUCACCUGGGGAGGGCAGGCGGAGGACGUCUUCAGCAAAAUGGCGGGAGACUUCAUGAAGCCCGUGGUGGACAUCGUGGACCAGCUGCUGGCCGCCGGCGUCAACGUCACCGUCUACAACGGACAGCUGGAUCUCAUCGUGGACACCAUGGGUCAGGAGCUGUGGGUGAAACGGCUGAAGUGGCAGGGGCUUCCAGGCUUCAACAAGCUGAGGUGGACCCCCCUGGGUGACCCGGCCUCCCCGGGGGUCACCGGGGCUUUCUGCAAGACCUACCAGAACUUUGCCUUCUUCUGGAUCCUGCGAGCGGGUCACAUGAUUCCCUCGGACCAGGGGCCGAUGGCUCUGCAGAUGCUGAAGAUGAUCACCCAGCAGGCCUGAGUCCCCGCCCCCGACGCCUCCGACAAUCAAGACCACGAGCUUCAGAGAUUCUCUCUUCGUGAACCAAAUGAAUACAGUUUUGUAAAUUUCAGCCAUUGAAUCAAUAAAAGCAUGUUUUGUUUUUAUAAA